CACACGAGGAGCGCAUUGCAGGAAAUACAUUCUUUGAUAGUACCACACUUAAGAAAAUGGGGAUUGAGACUCUUCUUGAGUUCCACAUUAGGCGAUUAAAGGAAAUAGAAGCAAAAAAAAGAGCUAAGAAUAUGGAUGUGCAAGACAAUGUAGGAGAGAUGGAAGGGGAAGAAAAGAAUCUCUCACACACAAUGGAGAUUCAAGACUUUAAUGAUGUGGUUGUACAAGAUGAGGGUGGAUCUAGACCUCGACGUGUCACCUAUGAGGAGUUUGAUAGCUUGAGUAGCUCAAUGGCGACCCUCACUACUAGUGUGCCAGGCUUGCACACUAAGCUUGAUAAAAUGAUGGUCUUUCUCUGGUUGAUGAUGCAUUCAUUGACAUGGGCUUCUAGAGGGUCCUGGACCAUUAGUCACAACUAG